GAUCCGGAAGUGGUGGUGCGAUGGCGGAGCUGGUGCAGCGCGGGCUGGAGCGGCGGUUGCCGGAGUUGGAGCGGCUCGAGCGGGCGGGGCUACUGGGGCGCGCUGUUAUACGGAAGGUGACGGCGCUGGAGCACCGGGUGCAUAGGAGGGUGCUGAGCAAGGACAACUUCAUCGGCUACAUCCAGUAUGAAAUCAACUUUCUGCAGUUGGUGAAGCGGCGUCGAGCGAAAACCGGCUACCACUUUCAGAAAGAGGAGAUUGAAUAUGCCAUCGUUAACCGUGUCCAUGGCCUGUUCCAGCGAGCCCUGGCCAAGUGGAAGGGCGAUGUCCAGUUGUGGCUUUCCCACGUGGCUUUCUGCAAGAAAUGGAAUGCCAAGGUGAGGUUGAGCAAGGUGUUCACUGCCAUGUUGUCGAUACAUCCUGACAAACCAGAACUGUGGAUCAUGGCGGCAAAGUGGGAGAUGGAGGAGCGACUGUCGUCACACAACGCCAGGAACCUGUUCCUGCGAGCUCUACGCUACCACCCCGACACACACAAGAUGCACCACGAGUAUUUCCGCAUGGAGCUGAUGCACGCGGAGAAAGUCCGGAAAGAAGAGGAGCGUCUGGAGACGGCAACGGUGGAGCCGGGCGACUCUGUGUCUCGGGGGGACAUCGGCAGCGGGGAGCUGGCACGUCUGGUGUACAAGAACGCUGUGCAGACGGUCACCGGAGACGCCGACUUCCACGUGUCCUUCUGGAACAUCGCCGCACUCUUCACCUUCACCGGCCGCCUACAGGACGACAUCCUGGCAGACCUGCGGGAGCUGCACCCUCACCGGACACAGACGUGGGACUUCCUGGCGCGGCGAGAGCUGGUGCAGGGGUCAGCGGCCGGAGAGGGAGGGGCCAGAACCCCCGCAGAGCAGCCACGCAGGAGCAGCAAUGCAGCCGAGGUGGCGCGCAGGGAGCAGCGUUGCUGGGACAUGUACGAGCAGGCAGUGGGGGCCGUGCCCACAGCGCACAUGUGGAAAUGUUACCUGGCGUUGCUGGUGGGCAGUGGGCAGUGUGAGCGGGCACUGGUCGAGGCCGAGCGGAUGUGUACCGGUGCCGGCCGCUGUCUGCAGACCUGGCAGAGCGGGCUGGAGGUGUUGGUGGAGCAAGGCUGCCCCCGUGUGGCUGCACUGGUACAGCAGGCACUGCGAGAGGUCCCCCCUGCGGAGUGUUUGCCCCUGUGGCUCCUGUACCUGGAGUGGAGCGAGACCAACGACUGCCCUGACCACACCGAGACCCUCUACCAGAUGGCCGUGCGGUCAGUGGUUCCGGCCGUGGCGGUGCCGGUGAAGGAGCAAUACCUGGACUGGGGGCUGCGGACCGGCGGCUACAGGAAAGCCCGGCUGGUGUUUGCCCGUCUCCGGGAGGAACGGCCGUUUUCCCUGGAGUUCUUCAAAAUGAUCGCGAUCGAGAAGGACCAGGGUGGCGGGGACAUGCAUCGUCUGCGGGAGUAUUACGAGCGAGCUGUGCGGGAGUUUGGAUCAACUACCGCAGGCCUGUGGCUGGACUACAUUGGCGAGGAGCGUCGGCACGAGCAGGGCAAGGCCGAGCACUCAGGCCCCCUCCACUGGAGGGCCAUGAAGGCACUGAAGGGGCCUGAGGUGGAGAGCUUCGUGUCUCAGUACACCCUGCUUCAGACCGGGCACCUGGAGCCCACUGCCCCCUGACCCCACGCCCACUGCCCCCAUGCCCACUGACCCCACGCCCCUGACCCCACACUGCCCACUGACCCCACACUGCCCACUGACCCCCCACUGCCCCCUGACCCCCACUGCCCACUGACCCCCAUGCCCACUGACCCCACACUGCCCACUGACCCCCACUGCCCACUGACCCCCAUGCC